UUGCGCCUCAGACUCGGGAUCUUCAGCAGGAGUUCUUGCUUCAACAGUGAUUGAACGGAACUUCUUCUUCCUCCCACUCAGACUUUCCAGACUUCGACGUAUUUUUAUCAUCUAGAUUUCUAUUUUUGUACGUUUUGAUAAGAAAACGAUAAAACCAGCCGAAAUGGAGACUUCUCAGAUCCGUCAGAACUACCACCGCGACUGCGAGGCCGCCAUCAACAAGAUGGUCAACCUGGAGCUUUACGCCUGCUACACCUACACCUCCAUGGCCUACUACUUUACUCGGGAUGACGUCGCGCUCGAGGGUUUCGCGCAUUUCUUCAAAGAGAACAGUGACGAGGAGCGCGAGCACGCGGAGAAGUUCAUGUCCUUCCAGAACAAGAGAGGCGGCCGCAUUUUCCUGCAGGACAUCAAGAAACCGGAGCGUGAUGAGUGGGGCAGUGGCCUGGAGGCCAUGCAGUGCGCUCUGCAGCUGGAGAAGACGGUGAACCAGGCUCUGCUGGACCUGCACAAACUCGCCACUGAUAAAGGAGAUCCUCAUCUGUGUGACUUCCUGGAGUCUCACUACCUGAACGAGCAGGUGGAGACCAUAAAGAAGCUGGGUGACCACAUCACCAACCUCUCCAAGAUGGACGCCGCCAACAACCGCAUGGCCGAGUACCUGUUUGAUAAACACACUCUGGGAGGAAAGAGUUAAAUUAACUCUCUCGUCUAACGACCAGUUUCAGAUUCUAAGAAGAAACCUGAUUUCACGCAGAAUUGAGUUUAAACUGUCGAAACAAACAUCACAUUUCUCUGUAACUUCAAUUUUAAUCAUGACUGAUUCUGAUGAAUAAACAUUUUGAGCCACA